AUGGGAAAACACCUCCGCCGCGAGGAAGCAGAAUGGAUUGUCGGUCAGUUGUGUGAGAGCGUUCGACCAUUACACCCCCUUCUGCCGGAUUUGAUCGAGGCACAUAUUGUGCACGCAUUCGGUGCAUCCCCAACCAGUUUGCCCCCGGCAGAUUCCGCAUUCGCCUCACCCAGCCUGGUGACCGCGCUCAUUACCGAGCAAGAACUGAUGAACCAGUUCGGUCGAACCGAUGAGCUGGCUAUUGCGCGAAUCUGUGCUCCCGCACCCGAGCACUCUCACCCCGAUCCCCGAUCUGAUCUGUUCGUUCGUCCGGUCCCCACUGAUUUGACCCCGGCACUGCUGUUUCUCUACUACGCAUUGUUUGUAUACGAUUAUCAAUUAAAUCUUCGAAUCUCAACGAAUCGACGUAAGUUUUUUUUUUAUUCGUUGUCCGAUCCGUACGCAUAUCAUCAAAAUGUAACCGUCGAUUGUCUGAAUUAUUGGCACCAUUUCCCUGACCCUUAG